UAUAUAUAUAUACAGUAUAUAUAUAUAUAUAUAUAUAUAUAUACAUAUACAUACAUUCACUAUACACUAUAUUGCCAAAAGUAUUGGGACACCCCUCCAAAUCAUUGGAUUCAGGGGUUCCAGUCACCUCCAUGGCCAAAGGUGUAUAAAAUUAAGCACCUAGGCUUGAAGACUGCUUCUACAAACAUUUGCUCAGUAAAUUCAAGCAUGGUACGUGAUAUGUUGCCACCUGUGCAAUAAGUCCAUCCGUGAAAAUUCCUUGCUACUAAAUAUUCCAUGGUCAACUGUUAGUGGUAUUAUAACACACUGGAAGCAACUGGGAGCAACAUCAACUCAGCCACAAAGUGGUAGACCAUGUAAAAUGACAUAGCGGGAUUAGCGCAUGCCGAAGCGCACAGUGCGCAGAAGUCGCCAACUGUCAGCAGAGUUAUUAG